AUGUCGUCAUCCACAGCUACGCAAACAAGUCAAAAAUGGACAGCCUCGAGUGUCAGAUGUACGUUUUUGGACUAUUUCAAAGAUAAGAGGCAGCAUACAUUUGUUCCAUCGUCAUCGGUUAUUCCACACAGCGAUCCAACGUUGUUGUUUGCAAAUGCCGGUAUGAAUCAAUAUAAGCCCAUAUUUUUAGGUACAGUUGACCCUUCUAGUGGUUUUGCCAAUUUGAAAAGAGCUGUUAAUUCACAAAAGUGUAUUCGUGCUGGUGGUAAACAUAACGAUUUAGAAGAUGUGGGAAGGGAUUCGUACCACCACACAUUCUUUGAGAUGCUUGGAAACUGGUCUUUUGGCGACUAUUUCAAGAAAGAGGCUAUUUCUUGGUCUUGGGAAUUGUUGACCCAAGUAUACGGUUUAGAAAAGGAAAGAUUAUAUGUCACGUACUUUGAAGGAGAUCCGAAACAAGGUCUUGAGCCUGAUUUAGAAGCAAAAAACUAUUGGUUGGAAGUUGGCGUUGAAGAAGACCACAUCUUACCUGGUAAUGCCAAAGAUAAUUUUUGGGAGAUGGGCGAUCAAGGCCCCUGUGGGCCAUGUUCAGAGGUGCACUACGAUAGAAUUGGAGGAGGCAGAAAUGCCGCUUCGUUGGUGAACAUGGAUGAUCCAAAUGUCUUGGAGAUUUGGAAUAUUGUUUUCAUGCAGUACAAUCGUGAAACAGACGGUUCCUUAAAACCGUUGCCAAGUAAACACAUUGAUACAGGAAUGGGGUUCGAAAGAUUGGUCUCCAUUUUGCAAAACAAGUCGUCCAAUUACGAUACAGAUGUAUUCUUGCCCAUCUUUGAAAAGAUUAGAGAAGUUACUGGUGUGAGACCAUAUACUGGGAAAUUUGGCUCCGAAGAUAAAGACGGAAUUGACACGGCUUAUAGAGUCAUUGCUGAUCACGUAAGAACUUUGACGUUUGCAAUCUGUGAUGGAGGUGUGCCUAAUAACGAAGGAAGAGGCUAUGUCUUGAGAAGAAUCUUAAGAAGAGGCUCUCGUUAUGUGCGCAAGUAUAUGAACUACCCUAUUGGUUCAUUUUUCCAACAAUUGGUAGAUGUCGUUAUUGAUCAAAAUAAAGAAAUAUUCCCGGAAAUCAGCCAUGGAGCUUCUGACUUGAAGGAGAUUCUAAACGAAGAGGAGUUGUCGUUUGCAAAGACAUUGGACCGUGGAGAAAGAUUGUUUGAGCAAUAUGCAAUCAUUGCUUCCAAAACACCCGAACAAACAUUAUCUGGUAAAGAUGUUUGGAGAUUAUAUGACACUUAUGGUUUCCCCGUCGAUUUGACCAGAUUAAUGGCUGAAGAAGCAGGGUUGAAGAUUGAUGAGGAGGGUUUUGAGGUGGCUAGGGAAGCUUCAAGGGAAGCUUCUAAAGGUGCCGGCACAAAAAACAAGGGUGUUUUGGUCAAAUUGGACGUUCAUGCAUUAUCCGAAUUGGACGAGAAAAAAGUCCCCAAAACUAAUGACGAGGCUAAAUAUAGUACCGAAAACAUAAAAGCUAAAAUCGUUGCUAUAUAUAACGGUAGUGAAUUUGUAGACACUGCUACUACAAAUACUACAAAUACAACAAAUACUACAAAUAUUACUGCUACUACUACUACUACAACAACAACUAAUGAUCAAGAAGAGGGAAACGUACAAUAUGGUAUUUUGUUAGAUAAAACUCCAUUUUAUGCGGAACAAGGUGGUCAAGAGUAUGAUACUGGUAAAUUAGUUAUUGAUGGAAAAACGGAAUUCAACGUUGAAAACGUUCAAGUUUAUGGAGGAUACGUUCUACAUACAGGGUACCUUAUUGAGGGUAAAUUAAGUUUGGGAGAUGAAGUUGUUGCUGCUUAUGAUGAAUUGCGUAGGUGGCCAAUUAGAAACAACCAUACUGGAACUCAUAUUUUGAAUUACGCAUUGAGAGAAACUCUUGGAGAUGGAGUAGAUCAAAAAGGUUCUUUGGUGGCUAAAGAGAAGUUGAGAUUUGAUUUCAGCCACAAACAAGCUUUGAGUUCAAAAGAGUUGGCCAAAAUAGAAGAGAUUUCCAAUCAGUACAUCAAGGAUAAUAAGCAAGUUUAUUACAAGGAUGUAUCCUUAGCUGAAGCCAAAAAAGUAAACGGAUUGAGAGCAGUAUUUGGAGAGACCUAUCCUGAUCCAGUUCGAGUAGUAUCUAUUGGUGUUCCCGUUGAGAACUUGUUGAAAGAUCCCGAAAAUGAAGAGUGGAGAUCCACUUCAAUUGAAUUUUGCGGUGGGACACACGUUGCCAAGACAAGCGAGAUUAAGGAUUUGGUAAUUAUUGAGGAAUCCGGUAUUGCUAAAGGUAUUAGGAGAAUUGUUGCUGUUACUGGUCACGAUGCUCAUGCUGUACAACAGAUUGCAAAGGAAUUUGAGGGAGAAUUAGAUGCAGCCAACUCGAUGCCAGUUGGUUCCAAUAGAGAGAACAAAGUAAAAGAAUUGGGUGUUGCUUUGAAAAAUUUGACCAUUUCCGUUUUGGAUAAGCAGAAAUUGACUGAGAAAUUCAACAAGAUUGACAAGUCAAUCAGAGAUAAUCUAAAAUUGAUACAAAAGGAAGAAAGCAAAAAGACUUUGGAAAUUGUGAAAAAUUGGCUUGACGAUAACCAAAACAAAUGUGAGUAUUUGGUUGCCCGCAUUCCUAUUGGGGCUAAUGCUAAGGCAAUAACAGAAGCAUUCAAUUUCGUGAAGAAGCAAGAUAAAACAAAGUCGAUUUAUUUAUUUACUGGUAAUGAGAAUGGAAAAGUUGCUCAUGGAUGUUAUAUUAGUGACGAAGCCAUUGCCAAGGGAGUGGAUGGUUUAGAGUUGGCUAAAUUGGUCACUAAGAAAGUUGGUGGUAAAGCCGGGGGUAAAGGAAAUAUAGUGCAAGGAAUGGGAGAUAAGUCAAACGAAAUUAUGGACGCUAUAGACGAAAUUACCGAAAUUUUUAGACAAAAGUUAUAA